GAGGUGACUCGAGCAUUUAGACACAAGAACGAGAGGAUCAUGGCGGAUGGCCCCAGGUGUAAGCGCAGAAAACAGGCGAACCCCAGGCGGAAUAACGUUACCAAUUACAACAAUGUGUUAGAAGCAAAUUCGGAUUCUGAUGAUGAAGACAAAUUACACAUAGUGGAAGAGGAAAGUGUUACAGAUGCGGCAGAUGGCGAAGGCAGCGUGCCAGAAGACGACUUGCCAACCGACCAAACAGUAUUAGCAGAAGGCAGCGAAAGUGUGAAGCAAACUUGUUGGGACGAUGAAGAUGGAACAGAUGGCAAUGAAAUCCUGGGGCCUGAAGCUGAAGUGGAUGAUCUAGGAAGCGCAGUGCACGACGAAGAAUGUGAUUCCGAUGUAGAAAAUGAACAAAACCAAGAUCCUAAUGUGGAAGAGUUCCUCCAGCAAGGUGAUACGGCUGUCAUCUAUCCAGAAGCUCCCGAGGAUGACCAGAGGCAAGGCACGCCCGAGGCUAGCGGCCAUGAUGAAAAUGGAACUCCAGACGCAUUCUCCCAGCUCCUCACCUGCCCAUACUGUGAUAGAGGAUACAAGCGCUACACUUCAUUGAAGGAACACAUUAAGUACAGGCAUGAGAAGAAUGAAGAUAACUUCAGCUGUUCUAUGUGCAGCUAUACAUUUGCAUAUAGGACCCAGCUCGACCGUCACAUGACCUCACAUAAGUCAGGAAAAGAUCAGAGGCAUGUAACACAGUCUGGAGGAAACCGUAAAUUCAAAUGCACUGAAUGUGGAAAAGCUUUCAAAUACAAACAUCAUCUAAAGGAACACUUACGGAUCCACAGUGGAGAGAAGCCAUAUGAGUGCCCAAACUGCAAGAAGAGAUUUUCCCAUUCUGGUUCUUACAGUUCUCACAUAAGCAGUAAAAAAUGCAUUGGAGUUAUUCCUGUUAAUGGACGAGCGCGAUCUGGAUUAAAGACCCCCCAGUGUUCUUCCCCAUCCCUUUCUGCAUCCCCUGGUAGCCCGGUGCGGCCACCGAUUCGUCAAAAGAUAGAGAACAAGCCUUUACAGGAACAACUUCCAGUAAACCAAAUUAAGACUGAACCUGUGGAUUAUGAAAUAAAGCCCAUAGUGGUUGCGUCAGGAAUCAACUGUUCUGCCCCUUUGCAAAAUGGGGUUUUUAGUGGUGGUAGCCCUUUGCAGGCAACCAGUACUCCUCAGGGUGUGGUACAAGCUGUUGUUCUACCAACUAUGGGCCUGGUAUCACCUAUUAGUAUUAAUCUAAGUGACAUUCAAAAUGUUCUAAAGGUAGCCGUGGAUGGUAAUGUAAUCAGACAGGUAUUAGAAAAUAGUCAUGCAAAUCUUGCAUCCAAAGAACAAGGGACACUCACCUCCGCAACACUUCAGCAAGCAGGUCAUUCUGUCAUUUCAGCCAUUAGUCUUCCUCUGGUUGAUCAAGAUGGUACAACCAAAAUCAUCAUCAAUUACAGCCUAGAGCAACCAAGUCAGCUUCCAAUAAUUGCCCAAAAUUUAAAGAAAGAAGUCCCAGCGGAAGUUUGUAAGGCUGAAAAAUUACCGGAAGAUCUGACUAUUAAAAUGGAAAAGGACACAAAGUUUACAGCGGACAGCACUUGCGUGAUUUCGGAUGAUGGUCCACAAAACCUAAAUGCACUUCAAGAACUCAAGCACUAUGACCAGAAAAAGAGUGAUCUACUUCCUGAUAGUAGCAAAGAGGAACCCGUCAAGUCUGAGUCAUCUUCUGUGGACACCACAGAUGGAAAUCUUACUCCCAGUCAACCACCAUUGAAAAACCUCCUGUCUCUUCUAAAAGCUUACUAUGCGCUGAAUGCACAGCCAAGUGCCGAGGAACUUUCUAAAAUUGCUGAUUCGGUGAAUCUACCACUGGACGUGGUAAAAAAGUGGUUUGAGAAAAUGCAAAGUGGAGAAAUCUCUGUUCAGUCCUCUAGAUCAUCUUCACCAAAAACUGAACCAAAUGGUGUUGUGACAGAAAAAAGUACCGACUCAAAAGACGGCGACAAAGUUCUGAACGGCAUAAAUAACCUCCCUGAAAGUGAGCCCUCUCAACCAUUGACCACAAAUGGUUUUACGAGUGGCGCAACCUCUCCUUCACCACUAAACCUCUCUUCUCUAAAUAACUCGGAGGAUGCAACAAUCUCUGAUGAGGUGCAGGGCCCAUCGGUGCAGCAAGUCGAACCUCUAGACUUAUCCUUACCAAAGCAGCUUGGAAAUGUACCAGAGCGACCUUCCAUAACUAGCGUUUACCAGAGCAGUGUUUAUUCGGCUCAAGAAGAACCUUUGAACUUAUCCUGUGUUCGAAAAGAGCCAAUGCAAGUGGACAGUGCCGCAAAGUUGGAGCCAGCUCUAAUUUUAAACCCAAGUGCCAAUCCCAUAAACAUUGCUAUUCCUACAGUCACUGCCCAGUUACCUACUAUUGUUGCCAUUACCGAUCAGAACAGUGUACCCUGUUUAAGAGCACUAGCUGCCAACAAACGGACUAUAUUGAUUCCUCAAGUGACGUAUACUUAUGCCACCACUUCUACACCUACAGUCCCCGAACCACAACAAAAAAACCUCCAAACGAACGGGAUUCAGGAUGAGAGACAGGAUACAAGUUCUGAGGGAGUAUCAACUGUAGAAGAUCAAAAUGAUUCCGAUUCCACUCCACCCAAAAAGAAAUUGAAGAAGACGGAGAAUGGGCUCUACGCCUGUGACCUCUGUGAUAAAAUAUUUCAGAAGAGCAGUUCCCUGCUGAGGCACAAGUAUGAACAUACAGGAAAGCGGCCGCAUGAGUGUGGGAUCUGUACUAAGGCGUUUAAACACAAACACCAUUUAAUUGAACACAUGCGUCUCCAUUCUGGAGAGAAGCCCUACCAAUGUGACAAAUGUGGUAAGAGAUUUUCACACUCCGGAUCCUAUUCCCAACACAUGAACCAUCGCUACUCGUACUGCAAGAAGGAGGCAGAGGAACGUGACGGCACGGAGCAUGAAGAGAUUUUACAAGAGACCCUCAGCAAUGAACAUGUCGAUUCCCAAGCUUCUCCAUCUCAGAUAGACUCUGAUGAACAUGAGAGCAUCAUACGGGAAGACGACAGCGAGAAGGAGGAUGAGGAUGAAAAAGAUACGGAUGAUGGACAGGAUGAAAAAGAAUGUGUUCUAAUGCACGACCUAGAGGAGCCAGAGUUAGGGGUUGAACCAGGACCAUUGGAAGGUACUUUGAAGGAUGACGAAUGUGUAGAUAAAAUAGAAAAUUUGGAACCAGAAGUUGCAGAAACUCACGUGUCAGAAAAUGAGGCUGCCCAACCUUAGCCGGUCUUCUCUUUAUUUUCCACUAUGGAAAAGUCUUUUGACGUUCUAAUGAAGUUUAUUCUAUAUUAUAACAUGCUUUUUCUCUGAAACACAGUAGUGUGUAUACUGUGAUUUCUAUUCACUACUGUGUUCAAAAAAAAAAAAAAAAAAAAUCCAGGUGUGCCUG